UGUGAGUACAGUGUGAGUAUAUUGUUUGAGUACAGUGGGUCUGUGAUUUGGAUCAGUCUGAUAUACAGCACUGGAAUACACCGUGAAGUAAGAUGAGGUAAUAAAUGAACAAUUGUUGAGUCAUGGUUAUUAAUUAUUACUAAAAUGUGGGCGUGGCCUCAGUAGGCCGUCCCCGUCACUGCCUCCAGGCUGUGUGGUAAAAUUAGAAAGUGGUGAAUUCUUGCCGUUAUUUCCCUCUGGCUGUCCACACAGGAAACAUGUUUUCACCGGUGGCCAUGUUUCUGCUCCUGGUGUCCACCGCCGCCGCCAUCAACAUUCACACCUUCGAGUACGAAGACCCUGAUACGGGCGACACGUUGCUCUGCGCACUCUGCCCUCCAGGGACUUACGUGUCCUCUCCGUGCACUCACACCCUCGACACCGUGUGUCUGCCAUGUCCCGAGGAACAUUUCACACAGUUCUGGAACUUUCUGCCUAUGUGCCUGUACUGCUCCAACAUCUGCGAGGGAAAUCGAAUAGUUAAAGAGCAGUGCUCGGCCACACACAACCGAGUGUGUGAGUGUAAAGAAGGAUACUACUGGCAGGAUGACUUCUGCAUCGAACACACACAGUGUCCUCCUGGAAUGGGUGCCAAAAUAAUCGGUAACACCCAGAGGAACACACAAUGCAAGAGGUGUCCCAGUGGUACGUUUUCAGCAGAGACGUCCUCCAGCGGCCAGUGUAUAAAACACACAGACUGCGGGACACUUUAUGUCAUUCAUCCUGGCAGGACGUGGCAUGACAGCAUCUGCUCAUCGUGUGAUUAUCUUACAGACUCAGGGGCAUUAAACAUUCUCCGAGACGUCCUGCCGGGAUUUUUCACCAACCAGAACAGGAUUUUUCUCCCACUGAAACUGAGCAAACUGAAGAGAUUUGUCCAUUUACUCUGUAAGGACUGCAGACCGUGGCUACAAUCCCUCAACUCGAGAGCGCCGCUGCUUCAGUACAUCGCUGAGUGGAUUGAAAAAGCUCCCACUCACCAGCUGAAGGCUUUACCGAAGAUGCUUCAGAGAUCAGGUCUUCAAAACACUGCUGAUAAAGUCCAGGACUUGCUGACGAGGAUAGAGGAGAAGGUGUCUGUGUGUCUAAACAUAUACAACUAGUAAAAAGAUUUAAGGAAUAAAUGUUAUGUUAUAUACUGUACGUGCUGGUCAUGUUGUCUUUAUCCAUCUUUUCUUCUUAAAAUUUUCAUCCAAAAUACACACUUGUUCCCCUUUGAAACAACUUCUACAGGGUGAUAAAUUACACAGAACCUCGGGUUAUUGUUCUGUUCUGUGUAAUACAUCAGUUCUCUUUGACAUGAAAUGAUUUUGGCACAAGAAAAAGAAAAGGAAUGUGCUCGAUGAAACUCUUCUCUCUCUUUUUUUUCUGAACUGAGUACUGGCCAAGACACACUGUGUAGUAAUAAAAGCUAACAAUUACUCUCCUGUGUAAUUAAUUAAUAAAUUAUUGAGCACCUAGGUCUCACUGAACUGGGAUUUUCACACACAAACAUCAUCCAAUCUUCAUCUGACC